AUGCUCCCGCGGCCCCCCGACAGCAGCAACCCCCACCGCCCCCCCCCGCGCGAGGACCGCCCCAGCCCGUACGCAAACCCGCCCCCAGGCCGCAAGCCAGACCUCAUGGGCGUCGGCGGCCUCCCCACAGGCCUCGGCAGGCUCAGCGGCGGGUACGGCCUCUUCGGCAGCGGGCCAUUCAGGCAGGAGGAACUGCGAGAACGGGACAGGCAGGAGAGGCUGCAGAGGGAGAGGGAGAGAGAGCUCAAGCCGCCGCCUACUUCCCCCACCCAGCGCACCCCUGCCAAUCCCUAUCCCCGCCCCUCCCUCCCACCGUCCCCUACAAACACCCGCAAUCUCCCCGUCCCGCCCCAGAGCAAAUCAUCGAUAUCUCCACAGCUGCCGCCUCGUGAGAGCGCGCCCUCGUCCAAUCCGCGUCCCAGCCUGCCGCUUCCCGGGUAUGGGUCGGGACUCGGGGCUCGCGCGCUUCCGUCGCCUUUUGAGAGGGACGUCCAGGAAAGGUCCACCAGCGGUAGCGCUCUGCCAUCGCCCGCUGCGACUCAGCAAGAGGUCCCACCGCCUGUCAGUGGACACAGACAGUCUUUGAGCAAUUCAAGCUCUCGAGACAUUCCUGGUCUGCCUUUGGGCGAUCGCAGCCCGCCGAAACCAUCCGGUCCCAGUACUGCCCGCUCGCUUUAUGCAAGCGGCCCUCCGCCACUUGUAAGUAGCGUCAACCGAGACCGCGAACCCCAGCGAUCCCCUGUCGCCCGAACAGCUGCAUCGCCCCGCGAACCGUCUCGCGAUGCCAUCUCCCCUUCCGCCAUUCCCGCUCCUACCAAACCAUCCGCAAACGCCGCCGCGCCUGGCGUACCCUCUUCCCGGGCCCCCUACGGCUCGUCAUAUGCGUACCCCAACAACCCCGCAUAUUCAGGCUUUUCGGGCGGUUUCGGGCUGACUGGAUUUGGUGGCUAUGGUGCUUUUGGUGGGCCUAGGUGGGACCAGGAUCGUGAGCGUGAAGCACGUGAAGCGCGCGAUGCCCGGGAACGCGCUGAACGCGCUGAUAGAGCCGAUCGAGAGGAACAGGAAGAGAAACGUCGGGAAGCUGAACGCGCCGAACAGCGCAGGCCAAAAGAAUUCAGUGAAGCAGACCGGGAGAGAGAAAAGUGGAGACUCAUUCGAGAGCAGGAGAGAGAGCGGGCGAUGGCACAGUAUGCGGGUGACAAGGGCCAUAAAGCAGCUAUCCCUGCUCCGCGAGACCCUUACCGCAGGAACACUGGUUCAUUCGAGGGCAAGCCUCCAGCCAGCUCCAACUACUCCCGCCACAUCGAGGUACUCAAUCACCCUGACCCUGCAGUCUCUGCGCCCAUCCAAGGAUCCACGUUUGAGAGAGAGACAAGCGUGAUACAGCAGGUGGCACCAACGAGGGAACCAAGGCCUUAUGGGUACAAGCCUGAACCAACCCCACGGGAAGCUGCCCUAGCUUCACCAAGGGAGAGUGCGAGUCUCAACUCUGCUGCCUCUGCCCGUGAAUCCACACGUGAGCGUGAGCGUGAACGUGAACGCGACUUUUACUCUGCCCAGACUGGGACACCCGCCAUGCCCGCCUCUACCGCUCAGAAACGAAGCCGCAUGGAUGCCGUCGUAGAAGACGCACAGGUUGCUCAUCAAGCCCAACAAGCGCAGAGAAGAAGUAGCCAGGCCAAGAGCAAGCGUCGUAAGAUGGAAGAAGAGCGAACGAUGGGACAUCACCAUCACUCUGCCUCUCAUGGCGCCGCUCCUCCUCGCAGCUCACCCGCAGAGAAGCGCGAUUGGGCUGCCCUUACCCAGCCGCCUGCAAAACGUGUCGAGGUGUCUUCUGCACCUGUAGAAAGCUGGUUGAAAGCCCUGCCGACUUUGGCAAGGGAGGUGGGCAAGAUAGAGUACGGGGGCAAUCCGUUCUUGAUCUCACAGACGGGAUUAUACAAACGAGACAACGAGGGUGGCACGGUCGUUGUUCGAGUCGGUGGAGGGUUUUUGGGUAGGGGGUGGAAAGUGAGAGGAGAGCCGGGAUGGGACGAGGCUACCACGAAACGCUCUGGUAGAGUUGUGUGCGGCGCCGAAUCGUCCGACCGUGCAUGCUGGGGUACAGACGUCUACACUGACGACUCUGACCUUGGUCUCAUUUUGGUCCACGCGGGGUGGAUACGUUGGUCUCCUGUACCUGCUGACGGCCUGUACACGGCGGAAGAUAGAAAAAGGGACGAGCAAGAAUUCAUCAAUGUGACCGUCAGACUUGUGCCAACAUUGGUGCAUUAUACAGGGACGGAGAGGAAUGGGAUCCAAACGCGGGGGUGGGGCAAUGGACAUGAUGGAGGAAGUAUUGUGGUAGAAAGGGUUGAACGAGUCAAGAUUGACAAACAAUACCUCGCAUCAAGGAAGCGCAAAACGCGCAUGGCGCAAUGGGCCAAACAACGUGCCCUUGUCGAUCCCCUCCCUGCACUACCUCCGCCCGACAGAGAGACUGGCGCGGAAGUGAGCGUAAAGGAGCCAACGCUUCGACCCUCUUUGCCCACGGAACCCAUCAUCUUUACCUCGUCGAUAGCUCCAGACGCGAAAGGACUGCUCGUCUCGGGGGGCUUCAAGUACACACCGGAAGCACUGGGAGCCUGGUUGAACCUCCCGCAGGAGGGGGGCGGAAGUGAUAGGGCUUUAUGGGAUUAUCGAUUGGUAUUGAGUGGGCGGGGAGAGACGUACCACCUCAGUAUGAGUCAAGAGGCAACCUACUCUUACCCUCUGAUCACUUUGACCCAACUUUCGUCUACCCCUGGGAUUCCCAAUUCCACAAUCUUAUCGCCUCGCCCCCCUUCAGCAGUCUACUUUUUGCCUGAAGGCCUCGCAGCGUUGACUCAGGACGAGCGGUGGAUGCUUUGUCAAGUCGGGCGAUAUAGGUGGGAGAAACUUAGCGACGAUGAGAAGGGAGAGUGGGACAGAGAUGAGAUUGAAGAGGUUGAAGAAGACGAGCAAGAAUAUUCGGAACUUCCGCUUGAGGUGGAGGAGGAGGCAAUCAAUGAGGGGCUGGUGAUGCAAGACGAACCCUUAGCCUACCCGCUUCCUGUUUCGGAGGCGCAAAAAGAGGAGUCACAAAUGAUGGCCGAACAAGAUCAAGCGUCGGCAGAUCUGCUCGAAGUGGCGCAGGGAAUGAAGGAUGCGGUGGAAGUAGCUGUAGAGGCUGCGUACGGAGAACAAACGGGAAGAAUUGCCGUCGAAGAAGAGGAAAAUAUGGAUGUGGACGCAUAG